AUGACCAGCUGUCAUCACCGCUCCGGAUACUUAGCAGAUGAUGAGGCCGGCCAUACCACCGGCCACAACACGUACAUGGCUCGGGUGCAAUCACCAAAGAAGCCACAGACCCAAGAGACGGGCCAGGCCAACAAUGCAGAUCACCUGCAGCACCCACCAUCAACCUCUGGCCCCCCGGACAAUUCGGGGCACCGCAGUCACAACCGCAACCAGAAGGGCCUUCAGCAUUUUGGUUCUUUCCUGGAUUUCCUUGUGGAGGGUCAAGUGCUGGACAGCCUGCAGACAGUGGUGGAGAAAGCCACCAAGCACAUGGCCACGCUGAAGACAGAAGCUGGAGUGCCACUAGUGGAUGUGCAGGAUCCGGUGGAGGAGCAGAAGGGCAAACGGCGGGUACGGUCUCAUCGUAGGAAGACUGCUAUGCAUCGCCACCAUGGCCACCCCGGCCUCUGCAUUGGGCGCCCCAACAACUACCCAUCCUGCUCCAGCUCUGACUCCCGCUGCAGCUCCAAAACGGACCGCCUGAACUCCCACAACCGGGACAGCAAGCCAGGUGCCCGUGGCCUAGGCCCACUGCCCCGGAUAAAGGAUAGCCUUUUACUGGAGCGCAACCUCAAAAGGCUGCUGCAUCUGGAAAACAAAGGGAAAAAAAUGGGCCUGUCCAGAUCCAGGGGGGACUACCUGCUCUGGGACUCUCUGGACAGCCAGUGGAGCUCGGAGCACCCCUUAUCCUGGUUCACAGGCACGAAUGGCUCCAGGGAGAACACCCUGGAUGUCACAAAGCUAGGGUCUAGAGGGCGGAACCCCAUCCUCAGGGAGCUGGACAAGGAGAUCAGAUCCUUGAUGAACAAGCAGCUACCCCUUGACCUGCGUGGCUACUGUUGUCUCCAAGAGCCUCAGCGCACCCUGGACUUCCUAGCAGAGCAUCAACUCUUUCCCGUCCUGCAGGAUGUAGUUAACCAGGCUGUGGAGAAAUUCUGCAGGGCCCGGCGCCAUGAUGGCCAGCCCCUCUUCCCAACAAUUGAGCCAGAGUACUCCAACUUGUUCUGCAUGCCACACGUUAAGUUGGGCACUUCUGCUGACAAUCUCAAGGCUGUCAGGCCCCCAACAUCUCACCAAAAGACCACCAUGUCCAGAUGGGACAGGCCCAAGAAAGCUGAUUCCUUGGAUCCUUAUGCCCAAUUAGAUCCCAAAUUUAGGUGCAAGGCGCGUUUCAAUCAGAUCUUCCCAAAGAAGAUGCUGCUGCCCUCCAUCUCCUCCUCGGCAAAGUCAUCUGUGACCCUCAUGGCCAGUCCCUGGAAGGAUGAGGUCCUCCACUACUUGAUCAAGAAGACCCUCACUUUGUUUGUGUACAAGUACGACUAUGAGAGGUGCCUCAGGCGGCAGCUGGGCUUCAUGUCCUUCCCUGUCACUGAGAUACUAAUGGACCUCAUCCUGGGCUUCAAGAAGCUGAAGGGAUCCUCGAUCCAGCUGCCCUCAGAGACUGACUGGAAGUACAUGAUGGAAAAACUGCAUGAGGCCAAGCGGCUUCAGCAACAACAAAUCCACCAGACAGCUCUGUUCAGCGCGGAGGUGGCUGUGCCAUUAAUGGAAGUAGAGGUGCUGUCCAUGUCACCAGACAUAGACUUGGAACCGGAAGACACUAGUCAGUUCUCCUUCCAGCCCUCCUUCCACAACGAGCUGCCAAGUGUGCAGGAUGAUGUGUCCCCUGAAGCUGAGGAACAGGAGGAAAAUAACCUGUCAGAGCACAUGUCCUUGACUUCCUCAGACACUGGCUCCGACACCACCCAGCUCCAGCAACCCGAGUUCCUGGAAGACGACCAAGUAUAUGACAGUAAUAUUGACAGUAAUGAUGAGGUGGAGACUUACGGCUUUAUGUCCAAGGGCGAGCCCCAGGGGCCAUUCUCAAUCAAAUCCUCCUCAGAUGAUGGGGAGCCCCCUUGA